AUGUUUAAACGGCUUAGCGUGUCUCGUUUCUGCUUUCCCACGCGGGUGAUUUUUGCGUCUAUGCCUGGCGCGACCCCGGAAAGCACGAGUCUGGACGGCUUGGAGGCCGCUGUUCGCGCCUUCGCGCAGUCUGGUAGGCAUCAAGACCCAGACACACUGAAGUUGCUGCUGGAUGAACUUAUUCAAAGUAGUGACCCACGCAAGGUGCGCCUGUGCAAGGAGGCCUGCCGCCUAUCUCAUGCCGCAGGUCACCAUGCCCGUUGUGCGGAGCUGUUUUUCAGCUGCCGCAGCUUGGCACCGCUCCCGCUGAGUGACACCGUCGUGAAUGCUGCGGCACUGACGACGGAUCCAGAGUACCUGCAGAAGUGUGUGUCUACGCUCGAGGUCGCUGGCGGGGACCAGGGCCCUUUAUCCCGUGACUCCAUCCCGCUCCUUCUUCUUCGCAUCUAUUGGCAAAGCACGCGGUGUUUCAUGCAGCUCGAGCGCUCCUGCCCUUCUGAGACGAGUCGCAAAAACGGGGUCGUGGCGGCGGGGGCGGUGGAUGAAGUUGAGACGGAACGUGUGGAGGAUUUGACGCGUCUGGCGCAGUACCGUGCCAUCUGUGAGGAAACGUUUCGUCUGCUGCGACUACCGGGUGAGGUGUCCUUCGAGGGCUGGUGGUCAAGGUCUAAGCGUUUGGUGUUGUACCACGCCGCAGACGAGGGCGAAGCCGACGUCUACGAGCAACACUUCUCGUGGUGGGAGCGUCACCUUGGCGCCCGCUCGGGUGGGUGGCUGACACCCGCGUGUUUCGUGGCUAUGCUGCGCUCGUGCCUCAAGGCGGAGCGUUGGGACUUUGCCAGUAGAUAUGCGGCGCUGGCAGAGUCUUGUUUUUUGGCGGGGCACAACCCUCCCGAUGAUGCGCUUUUGCAGCAGUUGCUGGCCUUCUUUGUUGCCUCGAUGCAAGGCGCACAGGGGGCGGCGCUGCUUAGGCGUAUUCGGCAGCUCUGCCCCGACUACACCCCCUCCAUCGCCGCCGUGCAGAGCGCGGCGCGGGUGGCGGGGCACGCGGUGGACGAGGAGCUGGCGGUGUGGUGCCUCCAGGCGCUACUCAGUGAGGGUCAGCCCGUCCCGCCGUCGUCGCAGGACAUAUUCGUUUGCCUUAUUGCCCUUGCCAAAUGCCGCGCGACGAACUUUAAGAAGCUGCUUCAUGCGCUGGAGGAGUCUUGCAUCAUUGCCCUAAGCGAAGAGGAACGUCUGUAUCUAGAUUUGCUGUUUGCUCGGCGUAGUGUCUUUUGGAGGGAAGAAUUUGGCGAACGCGUGGAGCACCUUCUCACACAGGGUAAAGGCGGCACUAGUCGUGCCGCGCUUUCUGUGCGGAAUUUUACCUCGCUUCUUUACCUCCUGCAGGAGGGUGAGGAUCCUGGGUUCAUGAAUUACUACGUCGCCUUGGGGAGCGAACUCCAGACGCGGGAAAUGCAACCCACGAAGGCGCAGUGGGUGGCGAUUGCACUGAAGUGGGCCGCGUCGCAACCGGCGUUGGAGCAGAGGGACUACAAACUCCUUGUAAACGAGGCGCAUGCCCUUCUCGAUGCCUCGGCCGAUGCUUCAAGUCCAGUUUUGCUUAGCCACGCCCUAAAGUCCAAACUUCACACGCGCCUCGGUGCCAUUGAACAGCUGCGGGGGAAAGGAGGAGAGGUGAAAGCUGCGGGGCCGCACAAUGCCGGUGACAUAUCGCUGGCGCGGUUCGUACGACAACGUCAUCGUCUGCCCAGAGUGCAUCCUCCAAGCGCGGAAACUGCGGCAUCUCCGGGCACCAAACUCUGGCAGGCCUCUGACACCCUUGCUGCUCUUUCUCAGCGCGAGUGGCGAGCGGUCAUUCAGCGAUGCCGCUGA